AUGAGGACACCGACCCCUACUCUCGAGCACUUUUUAGGUCUCGAUAAAGAGGAACCCAUUGUCUGGAGUAACCCGAAUGAAUUCCAGGAUUACAACAUAUUUCCAGACCCAGAGCUGCAAGACGGUUUUGGGAGUCCAGCAGGCAUCGAACCACAGGGUUUAGAACUUACCCAACUACACUCGCCACCCCAUCAAUCACGAUCAAAGCGGAGGAAGUCACGAAAGUCUCUUGAUCCAACCUAUAUCUGCCCCACCACCAACUGCGGUCAGGGAUUCAGUGAUCGAAAGUCCCUUGGAAAGCACCGCAACCAGGCACACGAGGAAAAGGAGUACAAGUGUAUCUGUGGCCACGGAUAUACUAGGCAAGACGGUCUCAAGGGCCACCACCUCCUUUGUGAAAAACACAAGCAAAGUCUUUCACUUAAGGGCUCUACAGGGAUCGUGAAGCGCAUGAAUUCGAAGCACAUAUCAGGAGAUCGCUUGGGUCAGAUCGGAGCGUCAACGAUGGUACCUAAUCAUAGAUCUAGCCGUCAUAGCUCCCGGUCAUCGGCAAAUGGAAGUACCGUUGUUACGCCUCCAAUUACAGUAGAUUACCGCCUCAGAAAAAGAGCCAGAGACCAGCAAGCAGGUGAAGACAAUUGGAGGGCGAAGUGCCAUAAAGCUGAGAGAGAGAAGGAGGAAAAUGACAGAACAUGGAUGGAAAAAUACCAUGAACUACAGAUACAGCAUGCAAAUGAAAAGGCGGCGUGGAUGAAUGCACGUCAUGAAUUAGAAGAAAAGCUUGCUAGAGCAGAGGGAACCGAUUAA